GAUCCCAUCCCCAUUGCAUAGUUGACCAUUGGCCAAGUAAAGGCUUCAAAUCCUGUCAACUUUCGCACCUCGAUCAGCUCAUCCACAAAGUGGAAUCUCCAACAAUCAUGGAGAGCCUCCGAGCCUCUGCAGCUUCCCUCGAGGCUUCGGACGCUUCCAAUACCGCUUCGUCGUCCUCUGCCCCCAACGGUUCAGAGCAUUCUCACAGGCAAAAGAAGAUUGCAGUCUUGACGAGUGGAGGUGAUUCGGCAGGUAUGAAUGCAGUCGUCCGAGCCGUUGUCCGUCAAGGUAUCGCUCGAGGUUGCCAAGCGUACAUCAUCCGAGAAGGUUGGGAAGGUCUAGUCAGAGGCAAUUCCUCCGCUCCCACUCCUUCCCAGUCUACGAUCACCACGCCUCGGUUCGGUCCCAAACGAAUUGUCUCGUUCUCAGUUCAGGAUGACGAGCAACUUCCACCAUCAGCGGCUUCAACGGAUUUUGGGCUCUCCGCAGCCAUUUCACAUAACCCUGAACAUGUCCACACCGUCAACUAUCUAGAUCCAAACUGGAUCGCACCAUUGUCCGAUGCGCUUCUGUCUUUUGGGUACGGCGAGCUGUUGAAGGACGGAGCUGGUGAAGGCGAUAUCGACGAGGCGCCUGCCGAUGUGGCUGAUAUCAAGGACUCCAAGGGCAGGAGUCUGAAAGGCCGAUAUAUCGUCCGAGUAGGAUGGGACGAUGUAAGAGGAUGGAUGGGGGAUGGUGGAACAUUGAUUGGAUCGUCAAGAUGCCCCUCAUUCCGGACCCGUGAAGGUCGACUGGCAGCGGCUCAGAACCUUGUCAAGUUUGGUAUCGAUUGCUUGGCUGUCUGUGGAGGAGAUGGAAGUUUGACCGGCGCCGAUGUAUUCCGAAAGGAAUGGCCGAGCCUAUUGGAUGAGUUGCACAAGACAGAUAGAAUCUCAGACGAUGAGCGCGCGACUUACAAACACCUCAAUAUUGUCGGUCUCGUCGGAUCGAUCGAUAACGAUAUGUCUAUGACGGACCUAACUAUCGGAGCUCUGACUGCCUUGCACCGAAUCUGCGAGUCCAUCGACUCGAUCUCUUCCACUGCUUCUUCACACUCUCGAGCAUUCGUCAUUGAGGUAAUGGGACGUCACUGUGGCUGGCUCGCGCUUCUGGCUGGUAUUGCAACAGGUGCCGACUUCAUCUUCAUUCCCGAAUCCCCGCCCGAGAGCGAAGACUGGGAGACGGAAAUGUGCGACUUGCUGAAGUCGCACCGAAUCUAUGGAAAACGUAAAUCCAUCGUCAUCGUAGCAGAGGGGGCCUUGGACCGGAAUCUCAAACCUAUCAAGCCCGAGUACGUCAAGGAUAUCUUGGUUGACCGACUGGGAUUGGACACCAGAGUCACGACUUUGGGUCACACACAACGUGGAGGCAAGCCUUGUGCCUACGACAGAAUCUUGCCAACGUUACAAGGCGUCAAAGCUGUUCAGGUCCUCCUCGAAGCCACACCACAGAGCCCAUCUUAUAUGAUUGGUAUCCAAGAGAACAAGAUCACCAAGGUUCCGCUACUCGAAGCCGUAGCGCAGACCCAGGCCGUCGCCAAGGCAAUCGAGGAUAAGCAAUUCGAAAAGGCCAUGUCAUAUCGAGACUCGGAGUUCAACGAGAUGCUCGCCGCAUUUAGAAUCAGUUCGCAGGUGCAUUCCAAUGACCGGGUUCCCGAUAACAAGCGCUUGAGAAUCGGAAUUAUUCAUGUUGGUGCACCAGCUGGAGGAAUGAACGCUGCAACCCGUCAAGCUGUUCGAUUCUGCCAUAAUCGUGGCCAUGUUCCAGUAGCCAUCUAUAACGGGUUCGAUGGUCUUCUCGAUGACAACGUCUCAGAGCUGUCGUGGCUACGAGUCGACAGUUGGACGACACGUGGCGGAUCAGAGCUGGGAACCAACCGAACCUUGCCCGAUGUUGGUAUGGGCCAAGUAGCCGCUGCGUUCCAGCGACACGGACUGGAUGGUCUGCUCGUUAUCGGAGGGUUCGAGGCAUUUCAUUCCGUUCAGAUGCUUGAAAAGCAGCGCGUCAACUAUCCUUCAUUCCAGAUUCCAAUCAUCCAUCUGCCCGCGACAUUAUCCAACAAUGUUCCCCUCACAGACUUCAGCUUGGGCAGCGACACAUCACUCAAUGCCUUGGUAGAAGCCUGCGACGCCAUCAAGCAGAGUGCCUCGGCGAGCCGAAACCGAGUGUUCGUGGUUGAAACACAGGGGGGAAUGAGUGGGUACAUCGCGACUUUGGGAGCGCUGGCUGUCGGGGCGGUCAUCGUUUAUACGCCGGAGAAUGGUAUCUCUCUCGGACUACUGCAGCAAGACGUCGAGUUCCUGCGAAAGAGAUACUCUCUGGACGUCAAGGGGAAGAGUGAAGGUCGACUGGUCAUCAAAUCUGAAAAGUCCUCCAACAUUUACGAUACUGAAACCUUGACCAAGAUUCUCAAAGAAGAAGGCCGAGACUUGUUCGACGCUCGAUCCGCGUCGUUAGGUCAUACACUCCAAGGUGGUGUCCCUUCGCCUCUGGAUCGAACGCGAGCCGCUCGACUCUCACUGAGGUGUAUGCAAUUCCUGGAGAAACAUGCCGUGCCGAAUUCGCAAUCCCGUAAAGGUGGAUCUAGGGACUAUCCAACUGAAACAUGCGCCAUGAUCGCCAUUAGAGGAAGCAAGAUUGUCUACGCGACCAUGGCGGAAAUAAUGAAGCAUACAGACAUGAAAUUGCGCCGAGGAACCGACGAGUGGUGGUCGGAUAUCAAAAGGUUGGCAGAGGUUCUGGGUGGACGUGCGGGGAUUGUCGCGUCGUCGACCCUUGGCAGGAUAUAGAUAUUGGCAAAGCUUGUACUACACCAAAGAUCUCAUAUAGACGUCUGGGCAGCGUCCCAAUGCAUAGAGCUGACUGAAUGAUAACCGAAUC